AUGUCUACAACUACUCUGAGGCCACAGAUGGAUUUUGGAAAUAAUAGAAGCACAUCGGAGGUAAACCACUUAGUUCUACUUCAGUCAUUGAGAGUUGUUUAUCUUGAUUUAGUUCUAGGUAUUGUCUUCUUCAUGCAGACUGGAGCUGGUUUACUGGGAAAUCUCUUCCUCCUUUGCCAUUGUAUCUCCAAAUUCCUAACUGCUGGCAGGAAGAGGCCCAUAGACUCCAUUUUUUUCCACUUGUCCUUGUCCAACUUCAUAGGACUUAUUUCCAAGGGAAUUCCUCAGACAGUGGUUGGUUUGGGGCUGAAAAAUUUCCUGGAUCGAGUCAGCUGUCGCUUUAUUGUUUUCCUCCACCGAGUAGCCCGCAGUCUUUCUAUCAUUAUCACCUGCCUUCUGAGUGGUCUUCAGAUUAUCACCAUCAGUCCCUUUUCCUAUUCCUUAUUGUCACAACUCAAAACCUAUGCCUCAAUAUACAUUCCCAUUCUGUUUUUCUGCUGGAUCCUACAAAUACUGAUACAUAUUCAUAUGUUUGUGAACAUGCAAAUUACAGAAAACCUUAACAACACAAGGAUAUGGAAUCUAGGAUUCUGUUCAGAAUCUGUUUCAAUCUCAUUCAAAGCCUCAAUAUAUAUCAUUGUAUAUUCUAUUCCUGAUCUCCUGUGUGUGGAAUUUUUGAUUAUGGCCAGUGGCUAUCUGAUUUUUCUCCUGCAAAGACAUCAUCGGCAAGUCCAGCAUAUUCACGGCUCCAGUCAAUUGUCAAGAAGGUCUCCUGAAAUGAGAGCUACCUAUACCAUCUUGGUAUUGGUUUGUACCUAUGUUUCAUUUUAUUCAGUCAGUUCCAUUUUAGGAUUUUAUGUCUUUCAUUUUAAUAGACAUUCUCGGUGGUUGUUGCCCACCACAGCUUUCUUGGAAGCCAGUUAUGAAGCUAUCAUCCCAUUUGUGCUUAUCAGCUCUGAUUCCCAAAUUCUCCAUUUCUUUGAAUCACUCUGGCAGAAGAAAACAUCCCAUAACUCUUAUCUACAUCAUCGGCAAGUCCAGCAUAUUCAUGGCUCCAGUCAAUUGUCAAGAAGGUCUCCUGAAAUGAGAGCUACCUAUACCAUCUUGGUGUUGGUUUGUACCUAUGUUUCAUUCUAUUCGGUCAGUUCCAUUUUAGGGUUUUAUGUCUUUCAUUUUUAUAGACAUUCUCAGUGGUUGUUGCCCACCAUAGCUUUCUUGGAUGCUAGUUACCAAGCCAUCAGCCCAUUUGUGAUUAUCAAUUCUGAUACCCAAAUUCUCCAUUUUUUGAAUCACUCUGGCAAAGAAAAUAUCCAUAACUCUUUCCCUAAACAUUCCACUGUCCAGCACUCUAUUUCCACUUAUCCAGAAAGAAAUCUUUCAGUAGCUAAGGAGAUCAGGUCAGUAAACAAUAGAAUCAAAGAAAUGUAG